AUGGAUGCGGCAAUUAAAAAACAAUUAGCUACCGCCGGUUACAUCGAACGUUUUUGGGACAACCUCGUCAAAGCCGGAAAGGACAAGAUGACUCGUGCCUACCUUACCACCCGACUAGAGUUGCUGGAGUCGUACUGGACGAAGUUUUUCGACUCACACGAUGCACUGUUGAUUACGGAGAGAGUGGAGUUAACGGACUAUAUGAAGCAGGAUGUAUACGCCUCAACAGAGGAACAUUACGUCACUGCCAAGGCUAGAAUCUGCGCCUACCUUCAGACCACAAAAACGGCCGCCCCGACCACAGGAGAAUCCGAGGCUGGCGCUGUGCUCCGGCAAGUACAGCUUCCAAAAAUCAAUCUGCCCACGUUUAACGGGGACCAGCUAGCCUGGGAAGGUUUUCGAGAUCUGUUUAGAUCCUUGGUGCACGACGUGGAGGGACUUGCGCCCAUUCAGAAGUUGCAGUACCUCAAGGCUAGUCUCACUGGCGAGGCGGCAGCAGUCAUUUCAAGUCUAGACAUGACUUCGCAGAGCUAUGCGUCGGCAUGGGACGAGCUGAUAACAAGAUACGACAACCGAAGGGUGCUCUUGGCGUACCACAUGCGAGCGCUACUUUCUUGCGCGCCGAUCACUAAGACAUCAGCCUCGGAAAUCAACCGAAUUCUCAGCACGGUCACCCAGGCAGCACGCUCCUUCCGGGCAUUGGGCCGCCCUGUGGAGCAUUGGGGCGACUGGUUUGUUCACAUCCUGGUGGAAAAAUUAGACUCGUCCUCGCGUCUCCUGUGGGAAUCCUCACAGGAGUCAAGUCGCGAGUUCCCGUCUUUUGAAGAUCUGAAGGGCUUUCUCCUGACUCGUGCCCGCGCAUUGGACGCCGCCAAUCCUCGGCUUGUCCAAUCUGCGUGUGGCAACAAGGCCAAGCGAAACGCCCGGAGAGAUGAUGUCUCAUCUCACUCUACAAGCACAAGCGAAGGACCUCAGUGCGUCCUUUGCAAGGUUCGUCAUCCGCUGCGAUCAUGCAGCAAAUUUAAGACUCUUUCUGCGGAGCAGCGCAGGGAACAGGUGCGGAAAACAAAAGUCUGCUUCAAUUGCCUCGGACAAGGUCAUCCGGCGGCCGCCUGCCCCUCGAUCAACCGCUGCCGACACUGCGGCGAGAAGCACCACACGAUGCUGCACCUCGGAUCAGCGGACGCGGCGCCCCUGCAGCCUUCAAUUCAGGACUCCAACAAAGAGGCACUGACGCCGGAGCAAUCAGACGUUUCCGCGAAACCGACAAAGGUCGCCGCGUUGUCGAGUGCCACCAGCGGCACGGUGCUGCUCGCGACCGCCCUAAUUAACUUAAUUUCGGAUUCCGGCAGAAUAAUGACUGCGCGCGCUCUCUUGGACUCCGGUUCAGAGGCAUCGUUCGUCUCGGAACGCGUCGCACAGCAACUGCGGUUGCGACGACGCAAGGUGAACGUGACGGUCUCUGGCCUGCAAGGUGUAACCACUGGUCGAGUUUCUAAUGCCGUUUCUCUCAUGAUCGGCAGCAGGCAUUCCUCGUCCCUACGCAUAGCCUUGCCCAACGCUCUAGUUAUGUCCAAACUAACACCGUUUACUCCUGGCCGACAGGUUCGCAUGGGUGACUGGCCGCAUCUAAGCGGCAUCCAGUUGGCAGAUCCGAGCUACGACAAGCCGGCGGAAGUCGACGCUGUGCUGGGAGCAGACAUUUAUGGGAUGUUGAUCGAAGGUGGAGUCAAACGAGGAUCACCGGGAGAACCCGCCGCUCAUUCAACCAUCUUCGGCUGGGUGUUGAUGGGCUCGCUCUCGGCGACAGACAACUCAACGCAGUGUAACAUCGCCAGCCUUCACACAACAGUGGAGCCUGACCUCCAUCAAGACCUUCAGCGGUUCUGGGAGCUCGAAGAGUUUUCCACAAACAGGAUCCUCACUCCGGACGAGGCCUUCUGUGAGGAUCUCUUCAAGAAAACCUACGCUCGCGACUCUGAAGGUCGAUAUAUUGUACGCCUACCGCGUAGACGCAAUCCGCCGGCGGGACUUGGGGACUCCCGUCGCGGGGCAUUGCGGCUGCUCCUGGCGAACGAAAACCGAUUGAGGCGUAACCCGUCGCUCGGACAGGCAUACUCAGAGUUCAUGAAUGCUUAUCAUGUCCUAGGUCACAUGGAACCGCUUAACGGACCUGAUAAGGAGGCUGGCUGUCCGUACUAUCUACCGCAUCACGCAGUGGUCAAGUCUUCGGAUCCGAAUGGGAAGAUACGAGUGGUCUUCAACGCGUCUUUCCGAACACCUUCCGGGAUGUCGCUGAACGAUCUCCUCUUACCCGGCCCGAAGCUACAGGCGGACCUCUGGCUGGUUCUGACUCGAUGGCGAUUGCAUCGCUUUGCCUUCACAACGGACAUCGUCAAAAUGUUUCGGCAGAUCCGGAUCCACCGGGAGGACGCUGACCUUCAGAGGAUAUUAUGGCGGGCGGACCCUGCGGCCGAGAUUCAAGAUUUUCGGCUCGUCACCGUCACCUACGGUACGGCGCCGGCCCCGUAUCUGGCAAUUCGAACCCUUCUGCAGCUAGCCGAGGAUGAAGAGCACCGCUUUCCGGAAGGUGCAGAAAUAUUACGCCACCAUACGUAUGUCGACGACAUAUUUGCCGGCGCCAACACUCUCCAGGCGGCUCUCGAGCGCAAGGGUCAAUUGGAAUCUUUGCUCCUGGCCGGCGGGUUCCGGUUGAGCAAGUGGGCCGGUACGCACUCUGCUCUAUGCCCGGACGGCGAUCAGACGGAGCGGCUGUUCACGGUCAACCAAAGUGUGGGGGCCUUAGGCGUAAUUUGGACUCCAGCCGAAGACACUCUUAGCCUAAGGGCGGUUCCAACAUUGGAAAUGGAGAAAGAGCCAACUAAACGCUCCGUUCUCUCUCAAGUCGCCAAGCUGUUCGAUCCAGCCGGCUGGGCGGCUCCUGUGAUAGUCGCGUCCAAAAUCUUCAUUCAAGAUCUCUGGAUGGCGGCGCUCAACUGGGAUCAGACCCUGCCACCAGGUUUGCGAGCACGCUGGACGCAGCUCGCUACGUCCCUUCCGGAUCUGAAUCACUUGCGAAUACCACGUUGGACUGGUGUUCUAGGGCAAACGGAGUUACACGCAUUUUCAGAUGCGUCUGAGAGGGCCUAUGCAGCCGCCGUUUAUUUACGUGGUCUCAGCAUCACCGGCGGGAUACAAACGUCGCUUUUGGUCGCCAAAACCAGGGUUGCACCGAUUAAGCCGGUAUCGAUACCAAGGCUCGAGCUUUGUGGAGCUUUACUGGCGGCACGGCUACUGCAUCGUACAGUCAAAGGAUUGCGCUUGGAAAACUGCAGUUUACACGCCUGGACUGACGCUAGAGUGGUUCUGGCAUGGUUAAGGGACCACCCAUCUCGAUGGACCCCCUUCGUAGCCAACCGAGUAGCGGCUAUCCAGGAGUUGCUCCCGGCCGAUCAGUGGCAUUACGUGCCCACUUCUGACAAUCCAGCGGACUUGGCCACUCGUGGCAUCUCGCCGAUGGAGUUAUAUAACCAGCGACAGUGGUGGCGUGGUCCAACCUGGCUGGAAUCCCCAUACGACAGCUGGCCAGCAGACUAUCUUAGUGACCAAGACGUGGCUGAAGAACGUCGCUCACACGCAACUACCACAGAUACCGUCGCACUUGAAAACGACUUACUAGUGCGAUUCUCUUCGUUUUCCAAAUUAAUCCGUGUCUUGGCCUUCUGUCUUAGGUUCCUGCGUCUAGCAGUGCGGCCACCAACGAUCAAUCUUACUGUCGAUGAGCUGGAAUGCU